AUGUCUCCUGUUCAUCGGCUCGACCAAAUCAGCAAACACAUCUCGCCCAAGAUGGUAGAGCAAACUCUUUCCAAUAAGGUCGCUAUCGUCAGCGGCUCGUCGUCGGGGAUUGGUGCCGCCAUUGUGCGGGAACUCUCUGCUCGUGGAGCGAGCACAGUUGUCAAUUAUCCAUUCCCCGGUUUAAAAGCUGAAGCAGAUGCCCUGGUGGCUUCUUUGCCAUCGCCCUCGGUCGCUGUCGAAGCAGAUAUGGGCUCAGUGUCUGCUCCACAAGCGCUGGUCGAUGCUGCUGUAUCGAACUGGGGUCGAGUCGAUAUCGUGAUCAAUUGUGUCGCACUAGCAGUGAACAAACCAUUUGAAGAGCAAACUCUUGAUGACUGGGACAGGCUGGUCAAUAUCAAUGGACGCGGGACGUUCUUAUUGACUCAGGCCAGCUUGAAGCACCUCACGAAGAACACGGGGAGAAUUGUCAAUAUUGUGAGCAUUUCGGCACGAGGGCCGCCGCCCAAUCAAACCAUCUAUGCGGGUACCAAGGGGAUGGUUGACUCAUUUACUAAGUGCUGGGCCAAGGAGCUUCCACCCAAGUAUGGCUGUACCGUCAACGCGGUCAGUCCGGGCCCGACCAAGACCGAAGGCUUCGCAGCAGCAGGCGAGGAGCAGAUGAAGAUUCUGCAGCCCAUCAUCGAUCAGACACCGGUUGCUCCUCGUAUGGCUGAGCCGGAUGAGAUUGCGUAUGCCGUAGGGUUUCUUUGCGAAGAGAGGUCGAGGUGGAUUAAUGGGGCACAUAUUGUUGCAUCUGGGGGACUUUUUAUUGAUUAG